GGGGUUCUAGUUAUUGCCCUGUGGGGCACAGAGAGAGCGAGGGGGGAAAAAGACUGCCCUGAGAAGUAUGCUGCUCUUACUGGCAAUGGUGUGCAACAUGAGUGUUUUUAUUCGCCAAAAGGAAAACUGUUCAAGACAAUGACAGAAGCACAAGCUGCUUGCAAAAAGUAUUCCGACGGCUAUUUGGCACAGCCAAAAGGCAAGAACAAUCUGGACACUCUUAUGAGGGAUGUUCUGAUGAAGCAAAACCACGGCGGUUUCAGUACAACCGAAAAAGGAUGGGUGGGAUUGGGACGUCUGCACAUCUCUAUUGAUACGGACGACAUCUCCAAAAAGAAUGCAUCUCUCACUGGUAAAGAGUACUUUGGCGCCUUCACUACUCUUCUCGAGGUUCCAUCGAAUGUAUAUAAAGAGGCCAAAAAGGACGCUUCAGAUAGGGAAGAUUGCCUGGUUGUACAGUUCCACAAAUACAGUGAGAAGCAAAGAUCGGGAGCAGACAAAGGUGGUAAAUUGAUUGAUGUUCCCUGCACAGUAGGCGAUGAUGAGGAAGGCUACAGGGCCGUUUGUGAACAAGAAAGGUCCGAAAAACGAUAGACGCGCCAACA